AUGGCUCUGUCAACACUGGCGCAGAGCGCCCUCGGCGAGGUCUAUGGCGCCUUUCAGAGCCCUCCGAUGCGGGCCCGACCCAUGUUCCGCUGGUGGUGGCCUGACGGUCUGGUUGAGCCUGAGGAAAUAAGGGCCGAGGUGCAGCAGAUGUACAACGCUGGUUUUGGAGGCGCCGAAAUCAGCGAUGUGCAUCGCAGUCGCAACACGCCUAUCGACCUUGAAAAGUACGGCUGGGGCACCCAACCUUGGAUCGACGGUCUCUACGCUGCCGUUUCCGAAGCCGAUAAGGUCGGUUUCUACAUUGACAAUACUGUCGGUCCUACCUACCCCGCUGCCGUACCUGGUCUAUCUCAAGACGACCCGGCAGCAUCUCAAGAGGUUGUCCUCGGGCGAGCCGUUGUAACUGGUGGCGAGCGCUACAGUGGUCCUGUACCACCUCCUGGCCAUGCUCCGGAAGGCGAUGUCACCAAGGAGACGCUGUUGGCGGUGCACGCCUACAAGGUUGCCUCUGGAAGCAGCCCGACUGCCAGCCCUAUCAUUCUCGACCAUACGAGCCUGAUCAGCUUGUCCUGCUUUGCAUCUAAUGGUACUGUCAACUUUACGCCGCCCGAUGAUGGGACCUGGAUGAUUCUUUCGUGGCACGAGCGUGGCUCAGGCAUGAAGGCAAAGGGUGGCCCUCAUAAUCACGAAGACGGAGCGGUCAUUGAUCACUUUUCCUCCGCCGGAAUUGGGGCGGUCACCAACUUCUGGGACGACAAUCUUCUGACGCCUGAGGUCAAAGACCUGCUAUCCGAUAUCGGCGGCGCAUACUUCGAGGACUCGAUCGAACUUGAGUACAACACCAUCUGGACCCCAGACCUGCGAGAAGAGUUCAAGACCUAUCAGGGCUACGACCUCUUUCGCUACCUGCCUGCCAUUACCCAAGAUGACCAAAAGAACGUGUUCCGGUUUGCGGACGCCGAGCUGAACCGCGGUGUCAUCAAUGACUUCUGGGACACUCUGGGUAAGAUGUACGUUGACAAUCACAUUGGUGGCAUCAAGCCAUGGGCGAAUGCCAUGAACAUGAAGUUCCGCGCCCAGGUCUAUGGUGUUCCUACGGCCGCUACCACCGCAGCGGGCAAGAUUGACAUUCCCGAAGGCGAGUCUCUGGGCUUCAAAAACAUGGGUGACUGGCGUGCUCUUGCUGGUGCGGCCAACUUCGCCAAUCUCACAAUGAUCAGCAAUGAAGCCGGCGCGCUACUGAACCAGCCUUACGCUACGACAUGGGAUCUCAUGAUCAAAAUUAUGAAUCCUAUCAUGACGGCAGGCGUCAACCUCCAAAUCUUUCACGGAUUCUCCUACAAAGAAGCGCCUGGUGCGAAGUGGCCUGGUUUUGCAGCCUUCACUCCUUACAGUGGCAACCGUGUGGGUUACUCAGAGUCUUGGGGCCCUCGCAUUCCCAUGUGGAAGCAUACGCGCGACGUUGCCGAUUACUUUGCUCGCACUCAGUCACUUCUCCAACGAGGUUCUCCCAAGCACGAUGUCGCCUUCUACUCCCCUAAGGGCUACAUCGCUGCUGGAUUCAGCGGGCCAUGGUACUCCCUAGAUGGUGCGCGUCAGGGCUGGAGCAUGAAUCUAAUUGGUCCCGGCCAGUUCGAAGAGCCGACGGCGUUCGUUGAGGAUGGGCUCUUGCACCCUAAAGGCCCCGGCUUUUCCGUGCUUGCCUUCGAGGGAGACUCGUUUGCCUCUCGUGCCCCUGUGAUCGAGGUUGCCACCGCUGAAAAGAUUCUUGACUUUGCCAAAAAGGGAUUGACGGUCGUUGCUGUUGGUAACUGGACCGCACCCCGCGCAUUUGGAUACAAAGAAUUUGACCAGAACGACAAGAUCAAGGCUAUUUUUGACGAGCUCCUGGCUCUACCCAACGUGUUCAACCCGGCAGACCGCCCCGACAUCCCAGCCGCCAUGGCGGAGGCCGGCGUCAAACCUCGUGUGCAGUAUGACAACCAACAACUCUUGAACUAUCAUCGCGUUGAUGGCGAUUCCGAUCACUUCUUCUUCACGGCUACUCAUACUGAUAUCUAUGAGAUUCGUGCCAAUAUCCGGGUUCAGCCUGUCGAGGCCGAUGUCAUCAUCCCUCGCCGAAGCAGCAAGGGCAUCCCCUUUUGGAUGAACCUCUGGACUGGCGAAAUUACUCCCGUUGCCAACUAUGAAGAAGUUUCUGAUACCCAGUUGAAGGUUCACAUUAGCCUCUCGGCCUACCAGUCAGCAAUGUUGACUGUCGCGCCCUCUGACACGACACCCAUCCACGCAAGGCUUGCCGCCCUGGCGGGCGCCUCGCUUCACCGCACUGACGCAGGUCUGGUGCUUCGCUCCAACAAGACAGGGACCUACGAUGUUGCUCUCAGUACUGGGAAAUCCGUUUCUGCCCGAAUUGACUCUGUAAUCCCUACCCAAGCCCUCGGCAACUGGACACUCGACGUGGAGGACUGGCGCCCUACUGAUGAUGUCUUCUCCACCGAGACCGUCAAGGUCAACCGCACUUUUUCGCUCGGCGACGGCCCUCUCGUCGCCUGGCCCGAGAUUGAGGGACUCGAGGACUCGGUUGGCUUAGGUCGCUACAGCAGCUCCUUCACCCUCGACUCCGAGUGGGACGCUGACGUGCAUGGUGCCGUGCUCGCCAUUCCCACCUUCAUCGGAUCGUUGCGCAUCUUUGUAAAUGACGAAUGGAUUGGUCCCGUUGACCAGAUGGGUGUCGAGUUUGACAUUACUGCGUUCCUGAAAGAAGGGAAGAACAGUGUUGUCAUUGAAAUGGCGACCAACUUGAUUAACAGGAUCAGGACAGUGGACCCGGCUGUAUACAAUAGCAUGUCACGGCAGCAGCAUGGCCUCGUCGGAACGAUUGAGGUGAAGCCGUACGGCGUGCGAAAGUUAGCCGAUUAG